UUUUAAACGAAACUAAGUAUUUUAUGUUGGUAAUGUGAACAUGGUUAAAGAUGGCCGCAAAUAGAUUUCGCGAAAUAGUUCGAAUCAGCCCGAAAACAUUUGAAUUCAUUCUUAAUUUAAUAAAAUACGACGAAAUUUUUAAUGACUGCUCUUGUAAGCGGCAAAGAAGCAACCAUAACAAGAAUUGCAAGUUUGUUUGGUUACCCAUCCGAUGGAGUAUUCCACAGUACUCUGAAGCUAAAAAACCAAUUUUUAUACUGGCCGGGCGAUCAGGACCGUAAAACUCUAAUUGCUGAAACCUUACACGAGCUACCGUAUUGCAUUGGCUAUGUGGACGGAACGGAAGUUAAACUUGCCGAAAAACCUUUCCAGGAUCCUAAAGCGUAUUUUUCGCGAAAACAUAUUUACACUCUCAAAGUUCAGGGUGUUUGUGACCAGAAAUUAAGAAUACGUCACAUGGUACUUGGAUAUUCAGGCAGUGUUCAUGACACGAGGGUCUACAACAACUGUCCUUUGACUACUAACACCUCAGAAAUGCUUAAAAAAGCGGAGUGGUUAGCUGGCGAAAGUAAACUCAAGAGAAGUCAGCCCACAACAGCGAAAUACUUUUAACAGAAACACAGUAUAUACAGUAAUAAACCUUUUCGCAGUUUUUCACCAAUUGGUCCCCAAAGAGAGAUAAAUCAACUGUCAAACUUUGUAUGAAAAUCUAUUUAACCAAAGGUUAUUACUUUAUCAAAAGAUUUUGGUGAUUAAACGUAUACGUUUUAGCAAAAUUCAACCCU